UCUCAUAGUCAAAGUUUGGUAAAUAAAUUUUCAUAGGCCUAGUUGAAGUGGCUGUUGAAAAUGUCGAACGCACCAGAUGAUGAAAAUGAACCCGAAAAAAUGGAAGAAGCAGGGGAAUUGGAAGCUGAUGUUGGCGCUAGAUUUGACCAACAACUCGCGAGUAUAGAUCCUCGUCUGAAAAUCGACAUGGAUCCGUUUGCGCAUCGAGACUUGCGACCGGAAAUGAUGUUUAUACGAGAGGAGUUACGUCAGGCGAAAAUGCAAACUUUGGCCGUUCGUCGGGCUGCAUUGAAGAAACUUCUCCUUAAAGAUUUUAUGGAAGAAGACUGUGAAUUGAGGAAUAUCGGUUUAGCCUACGCUCCACCUGAUCCUUGAAACAUAUGAAUUGUAUUAAAAUUUGAUAAUUGAAAAAA